AUGAGUAACUUGCAAUUUCAUACCGUAACUAUUGCUGGAGCGACAGGUAUUGCAGGUCUUCAUAUUGCAGAAGCCUUUUUAAAUGAUGGAUCCUAUAAGGUGAAGGUUCUUAGGAGGAAACCAGAAGACAAAAACGAGAAAGCCGCUUUACUGGCUUCUAAAGGAGCAGAGAUUGUGUAUGCAGAUUAUAAUGAUAAAAGUGAUCUUAUUAAAGCUAUUAAAGGAACCGAUGUUUUUAUUAGUGCUGUAAGAGGUAACGGUAGCUUUUACGAUGUUCAAUUGCCGCUUUUAAAUGCUGCCAAAGAGGCAGGUGUGAAGAGAUUCAUCCCAUCCGAUUUUGGUUUUGAUCUGGCAGCUCUUAAAGAUAAUGGGAUUGAACCACACCAAUUUAUUGAAGGCAAGUUUAGAUUCAUGGAAGAAUUAGACAAGAGUGGGCUUGAAUAUACCCAUAUAUCUACUGGAAUAUUCACUGAAUUUCUUGAAAAGUCUGGAUUUGAUAUUAAGAAUAAAAAAGCUACAUUCUUGGCAGAUGGAAAUACGAAGAUAUACACCACUUCAUUAGUAGAUAUUGGUAGAUAUACCGUUGAGUCGCUUAAAGUACCUGAAGCUCGCAAUGGUAAUAUUGGAGUUUAUGGCGCUAUUUUGACAUAUAAUGAAAUGCUUCAAAAGUUUGAAGAAGCGACCGGAACUAAAUGGGAAGUUAUUGAAACUGAUCCAACUCUAACAGUGAUGGAUGAUUUUAUGGUCUACGCAGCUAAUAAUUUUGUAGUAAACAGUAUAGAUAAUGACAAAUUUAGCAUUGUUCCUCGUCCCAUUACUGAAUCUAUUAAUCUUCUCUUGAAAAAAAUU